AUGGGUGAUCCACCCCUAUGCCCCUCUCCUCCGACCAUGCAGCAGCUCGACAGUGGCAAGUCCUUCAUUUCGCUCCCUUCUCCGUUGCCAAUUCACACCGGUCUGUUUCCAGGCGCUAGCCGGAGAGGCAGUAGCAGCAGCAGCGAGCGCUCUGCACUCUCAAUCCUGAUGGUCUCUCACGCGAGCCCCACCUCGCAAAUCUCUAUGCCCCUCGAACCCGAACUCGCUCCGGUCAAGCGCCCGCCGCAUCCCCCUGAUGUCAUAACAAGUAACCCCGGCAAUAGCAUUUCUCGUUCUCCAGAUAUGAUUCUAAGCAGCGGUACAGACGACAACAGCUUCGACGAGCUCGUCACCCCGCUUUCCGAGGACCCGCCCGAGAGGCCAACGAACAGAGUCCGCUUCCGUUCGCGUGUUCGAAUCACCUCGGGCUUCAAUCGCCACCGCCACAGACCUGACGCGCAAGACUACCUUUCCCUCACCCCCUCGUCUUCGCUCUCUGGCUCGCCAUCGUCCUCCAUUUCCGCCCCUCUUCGCUCACACCCCGAGGACGAGGUUGCGAAACCUGGCUGGGGCACGUUGGGUCAACGCGUUUCUCUCCUCGCCCAGGGUGGUCCGCUGCGCAAGAAACAAAGGCGAGAGGCGGAGAUGUAUGCUAAAAAUACUGAACGCGGAAUGGUUGUUGCCGCGAAUGUGAACGGUCGCUUGAACGAACGAACUCCCCUCCUAAAUGCAUCAGCAAGUCCUUUAUACAUCAACGGCGACGUGAAUGGCACAGGUAGUAACUCGAGUCUGGAUGAGGGAGCAAGCAUUUCGCGAGAGGUUGACUUGAUCUUCGGACCAUGGCCAAAUCGACUUUUAAACCAUCAUUGGUGGUGGUGGCAUGUCGAACCCGUCGUGUGCUGCCGUUGCUUGUCUGAUUCUGACGACGAAGGAUAG